GCAGCCUUUAGUAUAUAAAAAAUAAUAAUUUCGUGUUGUGAUAUAAAAACGUGUGCUUUAGAAAUCAUUCAGUCAAUUAUCAUUGUAAAACGAAACUGAAUACAACCAGAGAGAGAGACACAAUAGUCUCAUAUAUUAUAAAAAUAAAAUAUAUUUCAAAAACAAGCUGGAGUUAAAAAAAAUUAGCAAAAAAAAAACAAAAACAAAAUAAAAAAACAAUUUUACUUCCGUAUAUAAAGCAUUAACUAAAGAUUAUUUAAAAGAAAUACUGGAAAACAAAAUAAUCAAAAGUGAAAUUUAAUUAAAGUAUUGCAACAGAAAAAGAAAAACAUAAUCUGUAAAGUUUAGCCUUUAAAAUCAAAAACUUUUAAUACAAUUUAAAAAAUGUUGGCGAAAAUAUUUCAUUUGUUAGUGAUAUUUGUUUUUACUAUUAUCCUUUUGCUGCCAGUCGAUCAAUGUGGACCGGUGCCAAGAGUGAAUGAGCAAGAGAUGUUAAUGCCGAAAGUACCACAAUCGCAUUGUCUACGCUAUUUCAAACAUGAUGUAUUAAUGAGAAGACGUUGUCGUCAUAUACGUGUGCCCAUAAUGCCUAGAUUGGGUGAUCUGAAUAAUUAAGAUUACUACUGGUAGAAAUGUUUUUGUGCCAACUACUCUUGCUAUUUAAGUAUAAAUUAAGCUAAAGGCUUGAUAUAAAUAUUUAAUUUAAACAAUAUAUGUAUUUUAAUUAUAAACUAGUUAAAAUGACUGAUACCAAACAUACAUAAGUAGUUGAUUUUAGUAAUAAUUAUAAUUGAACAUUUGAUACAAUUUUUUGUAAAAUAACUUAUAUAUGCACUGUUCAUAAGUUUGUUUGAAGAAAAAAAAUUAUAAAAUUAACAAAAAUAAGAAAAUUUUUUUAAUUUUAAGCAAAAAAUGUUAAAAUAUUGCAGGAGGGGCCUUGUAACUGUUUAUUUAAUUUUUUUCUUUAAAAUCAUGGUCUCUUGUCCUGUUAUGUUUUAGUAUUUAUUUAACAAGCCAAAGUACUUUAUAGUUUUUAAGCUUUAUUUAAUCGUACUUUUUUAUUGAUUAAUUUUUUUUUAAUUUAAAAUUUAAAAAUAUUAAUAAAAUGUUUUUGUGAA